UUUGUUAACAAAAGCUCCCGACUCCUCUUCAUUUUGGAGUACAUCGUGCUGGGGGAAUACGUCGAGGUGGUGCUCCCGAUCAUAUAUUGCUUACACAGGACGAUCCUGUUCAACAUGCCCAACAAAGCCUACUACCCCUCAUUGGUGACAAGCACAACUACCGAGCUGGUGUCCUCAAUCUCGAACGUCCUAGGCUAUGGGGCACUGGAGUUGGCAUCGCUUUUCCCCACGUUGGCCAUCCUCAGACGCUCCUUGGGGUUCUCCUCCCUGAGCCAACUGUCCUUCGUUCUGGACAAACAAGCAAACAAAGUGCAAACCAAGAUGAUGAUCCUGUUCACGACUAUGAUGUCAUAUUCGCUGGUGCACUUCGGCUAUGAUCUGAGUUUUAAGUUUGCUUGGGUA